GGAGGUGGUGAUGGAGGUGGAUGUUGGGGCGCAGGAGGAGCUUUUGGGGAAGGGGGAUUUGGGUGAAGAAGAUGGAGAUGAAGAUAGACAUGAUGAACAGGAGGGACUGACGGAAAUGGAAGAGAAAGAAGAAGAAGAAAAAGGCCAAAUGUCCAACUUCACCAAAACCUACUACCGCCUCAUAACCUCCUACGCCGCCGACGGUAAACCGCCCAUCGAAUGGUUACAGCUUUUAACCAACCCCUUCAGUCGUCAACGCCGCCAGCAUCUCUCCCAGAAAGUCGACACCUUCCUCCGCGACUUCGUUCAGCGCAAACACUUGAGUGAGUUUCACGCCCACACCUCCCAACAACAACCCCAAUCCCACCCCUCCACCACCACCACCUUCACACAGCACGGAUCCAAGACCGCCGCUCCGAAAUCCCGCUCCAUCCUCUCCCUCUCCCUCAGCGACCAGACAAAUUCCCCCGUCCUCCCGGAGAAGAUACUCUCGACCACAACCGACGCCCUCAAAACAUUCCUCUUCGCCGGGCACGACACCACCGCCAUCUUGAUCGGUUGGGUGCUCUACUACCUCUCCAUCUGCCCGCGCGCACACGCGCGCAUUUGUUCCGAACUGGACUCCCUUUUUGGUGGUCCCUCCGCUUCACCAGCUGAGAUCCGUGCUCAACUGUCGGGUCCCGAAGGACCAGAGAAGUUGAAUCAAAUGGUCUACACCCACGCCGUAAUCAAGGAAGCCUUGAGAUUGCAUCCACCCGCUGGUACGGCGAGACGAGCCGAGGUUGGCUCUGGGUUUGUCGUGACUGAAGAGAAGGGCGGAAGAGGAGAAGGAGGGGAGUGGAACUUGGAUGGGAUGGUGCUCUACAACUGCGCCACCAUCAUACACCGCGAUCCCUCCGUUUAUGGAGAAACAAAGGACGAGUUUUGGCCUGAGCGGUGGUUAUCCGAGUCUGAGAACAAGGGAGAAAUUCCAGCAGGAGCGUGGCGCCCCUUUGAGCGCGGACCGAGGGAUUGUAUCGGCCGGGAUCUGGCGAUUAUUGAGGCCAAGGUUGUUGUGGCUUUGGUGCACAGGCGGUAUGAGUUUGUUAAAGUGGGGUUGGGGGAGAAGGUGUUGGUACCUCAAGAUGGGCCUGAUAGAGAAGAAAGGCCGGUGGUGGAUAGGACGGGGUGUUGCAUGGUGAAGGAAAAGUUGUAUACGAGGAGGCAGGUGACGGCGAGGGCGGCGGAUGGGAUGAGGAUGAAGGUGAGGUUGGUGAAGGGCGUGGUGGGGAACUUGGAGGGUUGAGUGAUGGGGUUGUGGACUGUGGACGGGGAGGAAGGAGGGAUGGGAUGUG